AUGAACAAUACAUUUAAUGAGAACAAUUUACUCAAUUCAAAUGCUAUGACUAUUUGUUUAAAUACAUAUUUAGAUAAUAAUAAUCAUAAUAAUUGUCAAAACUUGUUAACAUCAGAACAAUUAAAUAAAUUUACAACAUUAUUUAAUAAUUUACCGUUAGAAAAUAAAUUUCUAAAUAAUUCUAUUAUCAAUAAACAUGUAAUUGAUAAACCUCAUGAACAUAUGACAUGUGAUUCGAUAGAUUUGGAGAAUGUUAUAAAAAUAUUUCAGGAACAAUAUUUCAAUCAAUUUACAAAUAACAAUACAUGGAUACUAUCAGUAAUAAAUGAUAUGAAGAAUAGUUCAUUUCAUCAACAAUUAGAAACUUAUCAAAAUAUAUUAAAUCAUAUGAAUAUGGAACAAGUUCAAAUAGGUGAACAAGGAAACAUCUGUUCAUCAGAUCAAUUAAAAUUAAACUCACAAAAGAAUAUAGUAAAUGUUUGCAACAACAACACUAAAGACUUAUCAACAAAUUUCUUAUCAAAUGUAUGCACCAAAUCAAAUUACAAAUCAACAAAAUCUAAAAAUAAAACGAAAGAAUUUUUGUUUUCAUUCAAUGAAAUGAAUUUGACUAAGAAAGUGAAACAGAGAAACGAAGAAAAAGAAGGAGAAGAAGUAAAAGGACAAUUCUAUCAAACAACUUUAUCAAAUAGUGAAACACAACACUCGGUACAUCAUAAUUAUCAAGUAAAGAGUAUUGAUGAUAAAAAUAUUGAUAAUAAUGUAUAUGUUGAUGAGAAUGAGAUUGUUUCUGAUAAAUUAUAUAAUGAACAGACUAAUACAUCAAUAUCUGGGACUAAAUCGAAUGCUGGUAGUUAUGUAAAUGAUAUCGAUGACAGCGAUAAUCAGUAUGACGAUGAUAAUGAUGAUGAUGAUGAGGAGGAGGAUAUCGAUGAUGACGAUGAUGAUAAUGAUAAUGGUGAUGACAGUAAUGAAAAUGACAACAAUAAACGUCAACGACGAACACGUACUAAUUUUUCAGGACAACAGUUGACAGAAUUAGAAUUAGUCUUCCGUGUUAGUCAUUAUCCAAGUAUGAUUGUUAGAGAAGAGCUGGCACAACGUUUAGGUUUACCAGAAUCCCGUAUUCAAGUUUGGUUUCAAAAUAGAAGAGCUAAAUGGCGUAAACGAGAACAUACACGUAAAGGCCCUGGAAGACCAGCGCACAAUGCUCAACUUCUUACAUGUUCAGGUGAGCCAAUCGAUCCAAAUGAAUUGCUUAAACGGGAAGCAAAUCGUCUGGAAAAGAGAAGGCGAAAAAUGAUUGAGAAACGCAUAGAAUCUUUAAAGAAGAAGCAAACAGUGAUUGGACAAAAUCAUAAUCCUAAACUUGUUUCAUCGAAAACGACACAAAAAAAUGCCCAAUCCUUAAUUUUUCAACCUAAAGAUUGCGAAAAUGUUGACUCAAAUAAUAAGCUACGAUUGAAUCUAACAUCGUGUGCCAAUCAUAUAAAUGAGUUUGGGCAAAAUCUAUUAUUUCCAAAUAUUACUACACCAGAGAAAUGCUUGGAUUUAUCUACGGAAUUUUUAGCCGUUUACAAACAGUCCAACAUAAAAUCUAACGAUAAUACUUCUUUACAUCCUCAUCCAAUCCGAUCUGACAUACAAUCUAGCCUUUUAACAGAAAGUGUUAAUUUAUGGAAUAGACAACAGCAAAAUGAUAAUCAGAUUGCCAAUAAUUGUGUAAAUUUUUCAAGGCAAUCUCAUUUUGAACAAAAUAUUAAUAAAAUUCCAAAAACCUUGAAAACUUGUUUUACUAGUAAUAAUAAUAAUAAUAAUAGUAAUAAUUUAAAUAAAUCAACUGACUCACCAUUCAGUAUUGAAUGCAUUCUUUCAUCAACAUCAUCAUUAUCCCAUUGA